AAAUCUUUCAACCCAUCAAAUUGGGCGAUUCACGUCGUCAUGUCAGAAACAACUCAAAAACAGGCCAAAAAUGAUGAUGAAAAUGCUUCUGAAAAAGAAGGAAGACGACAAGAUAGACCUGCCGGAAUGAUUCCUUCUGCACAGGAAGACGAAAGGGCCGUUGAAGCUAGCAGUACGCUCACAAAGGAACAGGAAAUUGAAGAAGCUUUGAACUGCCCUUGUAUACAGAAAAUGAAGGAAGGUUCUUGUGGUGAACAGUUUAUCGCAGCAUAUCGUUGUUUCCUCGAAAGUGAGACGGAGCCCAAAGGCUCUGAUUGCGUGGAAUACUUUUCUUCGAUGCAAAAGUGUAUGGUAGAGCAUCCGGAGGAGUACGACUUGGAUAGUGACACAGAUGAUUCGGACGAUUUCGAUUUGGGCGAUGAAGAGGAGCCUGGUCAUCAGUAACUGGAGGGAAUGAGCUUUUUUUCAGAAUUGGAAUGUAGUUUUUACAGUUUUAGAUACUUGUGAUUAUAUCUAUCUCCAAGUUUCACAUAGUAUGUUGUAUGCAUUGGCUGUAGCACGAGCUGAAUGUUUUUGAAAUAAAUGUGCACCUAAUAGGUAAUGGCUUCCAUAGAGGAUUGUACAAGUUUCAAAAUAUACAUAGUGACACAUUG